AUAGACUGUCUUCAAGCUCACUAAUACUGUCCUCUGCUUGAUCCAUUGUGCUGUUAAGAGUCUAGUAAAUUUUUCAGACUGACGGACUUCAAGGAUGCAGCUGCUACUACCGGAGGUGUGUGGCACCUUACCUGAGCCAGGCCAUGAGACCGUGUGGCCAUGAUGUGGGCCCCUCAUGGCCUCAGCAGGAGCAGAGCACUACAGUAUUGGCCUCCGCCAGAAAAACAGCUUCAAGCAGAGUGGUCCCUCAGGCACAGUGUCUACCACGCCACCUGAGAAACCCUCGGAGGGCAAAGUCUGGCCUCAGGCCCAUCAGCAAGUGAAGCCAAUCUGGAAGCUGGAAAAGAAGCAAGUGGAGACACUGUCAGCAGGGUUGGGCCCAGCCCUCUUGGGCAUCCCACCCCAGCCAGCAUAUUUCUUUUGCCCUAGCACUUUAUGUAGCUCUGGGACCACGGCUGUCAUUGCAGGCCACAGCAGUUCCUGUUACCUACACUCUCUCCCGGACUUGUUCAACAGCACCCUCCUAUACCGCCGCUCCAGCUAUAGGCACAAACCCUACCAGCAACUGGAGUCUUUCUGCUUGCGUUCGAGCCCAUCAGAAAAAAGCCCUUUUUCUCUCCCUCAAAAGAGCCUCCCUGUCAGUCUCACUGCCGACAAGGCCACUUCUUCCAUGGUCUUCCCCAUGACCCAGCCCAUGGCCUCCUCAUCCACAGAACCAUACCUCUGCUUGGCAGCGGCUGGGGAAAACCCUUCAGGGAAAAGCCUGGCAUCUGCCAUCUCAGGGAAGAUCCCAUCUCCACUCUCUUCCUCCUAUAAGCCCAUGCUGAAUAAUAAUUCCUUCAUGCGGCCAAAUAGCACGCAAGUGCCUUUAUUGCAGACCACAGAGGGCCUGAAGCCAGUAUCGCCACCCAAGAUCCAGCCUGUCUCCUGGCAUCAUUCAGGGGGUACUGGAGACUGUGCACCGCAGCCUGUUGACCAUAAGGUGCCCAAAAGCAUUGGCAGUGUCCUAGCUGAUGCCAGUGCCCAUAUCGCCUUGUCUACCCCUAACCCCCAUGACACAUCCACCACCAGUGUUGCCUCUUCCUGGUAUAACCGGAAUAACUUAGCCAUGAGGGAAGAGCCACUUUCCUGUGCUCUGGAUGACAACUCUGAUUCCCAGGCCCCAACUAAGGAGAUUCGGUUCACUGAGGCCGUAAGGAAAUUGACUGCAAGAGGCUUUGAGAAGAUGCCGAGGCAAGGCUGCCAGUUUGAACAGUCCAGUUUCCUGAACCCCAGCUUCCAGUGGAACGUCCUCAACAGGAGCAGGCGGUGGAAACCUCCUGCGGUAAAUCAGCAGUUUCCUCAGGAGGAUGCUGGAUUGGUUGGUCGGGUCCUCCCUGGUGCCUCAGAUACCUUGGGGUUGGACAAUACAGUCUUCUGUACCAAACGUAUCAGCAUUCACCUCCUUGCCUCACAUGCCAGUGGGCUCAAUCACAGCCCUGCCUGUGAAUCUGUAAUUGACCCCCCACCAUUUGGAGAAGACAAAGCUCCAGGUCCCCCUUCUCCUCAAACUCUUGGCAUAGCCAACGUGGCCACCCGCCUCUCUUCCAUCCAGCUGGGCCAGUCUGAGAAGGAGAGACCUGAGGAGGCCAGGGAGCUGGACUCAUCUGAUAGGGAUAUUAGUUCAGCUACUGACCUCCAGCCAGAUCAGGCUGAGACUGAAGAUACAGAAGAAGAACUAGUAGAUGGUUUGGAAGACUGUUGUAGCCAUGAUGAGAAUGAAGAGGAGGAGGGAGACUCAGAGUGCUCCUCAUUAAGUGCUGUCACCCCUAGCGAAUCGGUGGCCGUGAUCUCUAGAAGCUGUAUGGAAAUUCUGACCAAACCCCUUUCCAAUCAUGAGAAAGUUGUCCGACCAGCCCUCAUCUACAGUCUCUUUCCCAACGUUCCCCCUACCAUCUAUUUUGGCACUCGGGAUGAGAGAGUGGAGAAACUUCCCUGGGAGCAGAGGAAGUUGCUCCGGUGGAAGAUGAGCACAGUGACCCCCAACAUUGUCAAGCAGACCAUUGGACGGUCCCACUUCAAAAUCAGCAAAAGAAACGAUGACUGGCUGGGCUGUUGGGGUCACCACAUGAAGUCUCCUAGUUUCCGAUCCAUUCGAGAGCAUCAGAAGCUAAACCAUUUCCCAGGCUCAUUCCAGAUUGGGAGGAAGGACCGGCUAUGGCGGAACCUGUCACGCAUGCAGAGCCGCUUUGGCAAGAAGGAGUUCAGUUUCUUCCCCCAGUCCUUUAUCCUGCCCCAGGACGCCAAGCUCCUGCGCAAAGCGUGGGAGAGCAGCAGCCGCCAAAAGUGGAUUGUGAAGCCACCAGCAUCAGCUCGAGGCAUUGGCAUCCAGGUUAUUCAUAAGUGGAGUCAGCUCCCUAAGCGAAGGCCCCUCCUGGUACAGAGGUAUCUACACAAACCCUACCCAUUCAGCGGCAGCAAGUUUGACCUGCGGAUCUAUGUUUACGUCACCUCCUACGAUCCUCUGCGGAUUUACUUUUCGGAUGGACUGGUCCGCUUUGCAGUUGCAGUAUUCUCCUCCAUGAAGAGCCUUGGCAAUAAGUUCAUGCAUCUGACCAACUACAGUGUCAAUAAAAAGAAUGCCGAGUACCAGGCCAAUGCUGAUGAAAUGGCCCUGCCAGGGCACAAAUGGAAUAGUGAGCUGCGCUCCGCGCAGCAUGGAACAAACCUGCGCGAGACAACUGCGCGAGUGGGCACUGAAAGGCUUUGUGGAACCUACCUGAGCCAGUUAAGGGGAGUCGGAAUAAGUGAGGGCCAUCUGGGAGAGAUAAAGGAUGAUAGCUCUGAGGUAGGCCUCUGGGAGGCAGCGGACAAUGGGUACUUCCUCAUCCCCAUCCUCCACUCCAACUCUCCACUGGAUAUCAGCAUCAAAGGCCAGAUGAUUCGUGACCUUCUGAAUCUGGCAGGUUUUGUCCUGCCCAAUGCAGAGGAUGUCAUUUCCAGCCCUAGCAGCUGCAGCAGCUCCACCACCAGCUUGCCCACCUCCCCCGGGGACAAAUGUCGAAUGGCUCCAGAGCAUGUCACUGCACAGAAGAUGAAGAAAGCCUAUUAUCUGACCCAGAAAAUUCCUGAUCAGGACUUCUAUGCAUCUGUGCUGGAUGUUCUGACACCAGAUGAUGUUCGGAUCCUGGUUGAGAUGGAAGAUGAGUUUUCUCGCCGUGGUCAGUUUGAACGAAUUUUUCCUUCUCAUAUCUCCUCUCGCUAUCUCCGCUUUUUUGAGCAGCCACGAUAUUUCAACAUUCUCACCACUCAAUGGGAACAGAAAUACCAUGGCAACAAGCUUAAAGGAGUCGAUCUGCUCCGGAGUUGGUGCUACAAAGGGUUCCACAUGGGAGUUGUCUCUGAUUCUGCUCCAGUGUGGUCUCUCCCGACAACACUUCUGACUGUCUCAAAGGAUGACGUGAUACUCAAUGCCUUCAGCAAAUCAGAGACUAGCAAGCUGGGAAAACACAGCUCCUGUGAGGGAAGCCUACUGCUCUCUGAAGAUGGGACCACACCCAAAUCCAAGAAGACUCAAACUGGCCUUUCCCCUUAUCCCCAGAAACCCAGUUCCUCAAAGGACAGUGAGGACACCAGCAAAGAGCCCAGCCUUUCCACUCAGACGUUACCUGUGAUCAAGUACUCUGGGCGGACUUCAAGACUUUCUACUUCCUCCACUUUCCAGUCAACCAGUGACUCCCUUCUGGCUGUGAGCACAUAAUUGGCCUCUCUCCAAAAGCCUCUGCCCAGGAGCAUGGGCAUCAGCUACCUCACGGGAACCAGCCUGCUGUUCAGACCAGUCUGAGCUCCUACCCCUUUCACCCUGUCCCUCCUCAGAGUAUUUUUUGAAGUGGUUGCAUUACAGAGAUGGGUAUUUGUAGGGCCGGGGGGAUGGUAGUGAUGGGGAGAAGGUGAGGAAGGGUCACCCUUUGUCACCUGUCUGCCUGGCUGGCACCUCAUAUCUCAGCAGAGAAGCCAGUGGUGGCCACGCAGCCUUAUAAAGCAGGUUUUCGUUUCUACCUUAA